ACCAAGCAAAUCGUCUAUAACUAAGCCAGAUGGCGGCUUCUCUUUAUAGUUUCUAACGCCUCCUUACCUCUGCUCUCAUGCAUCAGCCUUUCUCCAUAUUUAAACUCCACCAAUCCCCUACCAAACCAACCAAAAACCUACUACUUCCUCUUCUUUCUUCUUCUUAUUCCUCUUCAAGUUUAUAUUCCUACGACACACUAUUAAACUAUGGUGGUUUUAACUCAGCCACUUGUAGAAAAUUUAUCUCACAUAAAAACAUGCAAGAAUAACAACACUGAUGUUUUCACUGGUAUUCCAGUGAUAGACUUAUUAGACCCUGAAGUCAACACCCUUAUUAUUAAAGCUUGUCAAGAAUUUGGAUUUUUCAAGGUGGUGAAUCAUGGUGUCCCUGUUGAAACCAUGACCAAAUUAGAAAGUGAAGCUGUCAUCUUCUUUAACUUGUCCCAAGUUGAGAAAGACAAAGCCGGUCCAGCUAACCCUUUUGGCUAUGGUAACAAAAGAAUUGGCUCAAAUGGUGAUAUGGGUUGGGUUGAAUAUUUAUUACUCACAACUAACCCUGAUCUUAGUUACCAAAAAUCCUUCGCUAUUCCCGGAAAUUCUCAUCUUUUCUGGUCAUUGGUGAAUGAGUAUGUAAGUGCAGUGAGAAAUUUGGCAUGUUUGGUGCUGGAAAAGAUUGCAGAAGGGUUGAGAAUUGAACCAAAGAAUGUGCUAAGUAAGAUGUUAAUGGAUGAGAAAAGUGACUCAUGUUUUAGGCUAAAUCACUAUCCACCAUGUCCAGAGUUGCUCCAUACAUUGAGUGGUAGAAAUUUGAUUGGUUUUGGAGAGCACACAGACCCACAAGUAAUAUCUGUUGUUAGGUCUAACAACACAAGUGGACUCCAAAUCUCACUCAGAGAUGGGACAUGGCUCUCUGUCCCACCUGAUCCUUACUCCUUUUUCAUCAAUGUGGAUGACUCCUUACAGGUGAUGAGUAAUGGAAGGUUUAGGAGUGUAAGGCACAGAGUGUUGGCAGAUAGUAUGAAAUCCAGGGUGUCUAUGAUUUAUUUUGGAGGGCCACCUCUGAGUGAAAAGAUAGCACCUUUAUCAUGUUUAAUGGAAGAAGGAGAAGAAAGUUUGUACAAUGAGUUCACAUGGUGUGAAUACAAGAAGUCAGCUUACAAGACAAGGUUGGGUGAUAAUAGACUGACCCUCUUUGAAAAGAAACCACAACCAAAUCCUGCUACUUCUGCUGCCCAAUGACAUACUCAAAAAUAACCCUAUUUAGGAAAAUUACAUAGGAAUUUACUCACUUUCCUUAGUUGGAAAAACACCAUCAUCAUCCAAAAGAAAAAAAAGGGUUUUUAUUUUUAUUUUAUUUGUUUUCCUUUCUGGGUGUUUUCCUAGGUUUGGGUAAUUCUAUGUCAUCACCUACUUUUUCUUUUUGUGCUUAAUUGUAACAACUAUCCUUGUGCUAUAAAUGCUAUGUCACUUAAGCAUCUUAUCAAACA